GAAAGUAUCCACUCUUUAAAUAUAUUUAUGUUUUGUACACAGUCGUGUAUACAUAUACAUAUAUAACAGCUUGUCGCUUCGUGUAUUUUGAUGCUGCCUCUUGACGUGAGCGAAGUAUAGUAAUUAUUAAGCGGGAUACUGACAUUAAUAUGAAUUCUGAAGCAAGUUUGUGAUCUUGAUCAUAAUUAAUUGAAUUAUAUUUAAUAUAUUAAAGAAAGUGUUUUAUAAAUAAAUAUUCUUUACACUUAUGAAAAUGUACGUGUUUUAUAUUCACUUUAAAUGAAUAACGUUAGAAAUAACUACAAUAUAAUUUGCUGACGAUACAAAAUACAAGUGAUAUGCAAUUAGAAUAAAUAUAAAAUAAAAAAUAUGGCUGAGACAUUAAUUCCAUUUGUAUAUUGGGCUCAAACAGAAAGUCAAGUUACGUUAAAGGUAGAUUUGACCAAUGUUAAGGAUUUAGAUGUUGAUAUGGAUGAGAAGAGGUUGUGCGUAAAUGCACAUGGACAAGGUGCCAAAGGUUUCAAUAAUUAUCGCUUUAUCCUUGAUUUAAAUUCAUCCAUUAACACUGAGGAAAGCCGUUAUAAUGUAGUAGAUCGCGAAGUUGAUUUUGUAUUAAAAAAAAAAUGUCUUGGUUGGUGGCCAAGAUUAACUAGUCAACCACAGAAACCAGCUUGGUUAAAAAUCGAUUUUGAUAAGUGGUCAAGUGAAGACUUAGAUGAUAUUGAAGAUAAAAAACGGGAUAUAUGCAAUGAUUAUCCUGGCAUGUAUGACAAGCUAUACAAAGAAGAAUUCGGAUACAAGAAAGAGGAUUCCAAGACGGUGUACUUAAUAAUUUAUAAUCUUUGCCAGUUUGUUGGUUUUACUUAUGUCGUUACUAUAAUGGCAAUAAUGUAUUUACGAGAUGGACCAGCUUCCAUGAAAGAAACAUACACUGCUGUCGGGAAUCCAAUAAAAUUUAUACAACUUUUACAAUUUUUAGAAGUUAUGCACGCCUUAUUUGGCUAUACUAAAGGCAGCAUCUUGGUAUCACUUGUACAAGUAGGGGGUAGAGCAUUUGUUUUAUUUGCUAUGAUCGAAGCUGAACCACGUAUGCAAACAAAACCUGUUGUGUUCUACCUAUUUCUUGCUUGGAGUAUAGUAGAAAUAGUUAGAUAUCCUUACUACAUAACGCAAUUAUUGAAAAUUGAAAUUCCAUUUUUAACAUGGCUAAGAUACACUAUAUGGAUGCCAUUAUAUCCGCUAGGAUUUUUAUGCGAAGGAGUCAUAAUACUAAGGAAUAUUCCGUAUUUUGAAGAAACGGGGAAAUUUACUUAUUCCAUGCCCAAUUCUUGGAAUUUUGCAUUUCAUUUUCCAUCUUUCUUAAGAAUAUAUUUACUUAUAUUUUGUCUACCUAUUUUGUAUAUGUUAAUGUCUCGUAUGAAUCAGGUGCGUUAUAAAAAAUUAGGUAAAUACAAAUUGAGGAGAAAGUAUGCAUGAUUUAACGACUAAUUUUUAAUAUAUUAAUUGAUCACAUUAUACACACACACACAGUUGCUAGACAAUUUUUAAGAUACCAGUGCUUGUCGAUAUUAUAUUUUUUUACAUUUCUUUCUUAUCCGUUUUAGUUUAUUCUAAGUCAGGAGACAUUUACCAAAUAUUUUCUUCUUAUAUUUAUAUCUAUUAUAUGUAAGUUUAAUAUAUAUUAAUAUAAAUAAAUACAAAUUUAGCUGUAAACGAGCAUCACUAUGGUCCAGAAUAAAGUUAUCCUUGUUCAGCACGUAA